GGCCAACUGGCUGUCGUCUGAAAAUUUAACUUAUUUUGCUACAAAAUCUACGAGCCAUAGCCCUUUCAUUCCCUCCACACACCGAUAUGCCGCCUCCCAUGCCCAACCCUACGAAGCGCAUGACGGCGAAUCCAGCGAAACCCGUAGCGAGGUAUCGUCCAGGAAAGCCGGUCGCAGAACAAGAGUCGUCUGACGAGGAGGAAGUGUCGGAGGAGGAAAAGCCACAACAGCCACAACAGCCACAACGGAAACCUCAAGCUCGGCCUCCGCCGGCCAAAAGACCAGUCGCCCCAGCACCAGAAGAAAGUGAAGAUGAAGAUGAGGAGGGGUUCGUGACAGAAGAGGAAGACGAAGGGCCAGGUCCGGGUCUAGGGACCAAAGUACCACAACAGGUACAGGGUGAUUCUACACUACGCAGACCGCCAGCAGGGCAAACCAAGGCCCCCUCCGAGGAGGACUCAGACGAAGAAGAAGGAUCGUCAGAAGAAGACUCAUCAGGAGAAGAAGAGUCGUCAUCGUCCGAAGAUGAAGCACCACGACGAAAAUUCCAACGGCCAACAUUCAUCCGCAAGACGGACCGGCAAACAUCCACACCUACCCAAACACAAUCCACGCCUGAAGCCUCCGUAUCUACAUCCGCAGCAGCAGCGGCAGCCAACGCUGACGCCGACGCCGCCCGGCGGCUCGCCCAAGCCGACCUCCUGAUCAAAGACAAACUAGAACGCGACGCGCUCGCCCGCGCGGCCGGCAAGAAAUCAUGGGACGACGAUGACGACAUCCUGCCCGAAUCCAUGGUCGACGACACCGACGGCGUGGACCCGGAGGCCGAACUCGCGGCCUGGAAGGUGCGCGAACUGAAACGGUUGAAGCGCGACCGCGAGGCCAUGGUCGCGAGGGAAAAGGAGAUUGAAGAGAUCGAACGCCGACGCAACCUCACGGCCGAGGAACGCGAAAGGGAAGACCGGGAGUACCUCGAGAAACAGCGCGAGGCCGACGGGCCCGGCCGACAGGACGCCGCGUUCCUCGCCCGUUACCACCACAAGGGCGCCUUCUUCCAGGGCGACGAGGCCGCCGAGAUCCUCAAACGGCGGGACGUCAUGGGCGCCCGCUUCGAGGACGAAGUCUCCGACAAGUCCCUCUUGCCGGAGUACAUGCGGAUCCGGGACAUGACCAAGCUGGGCAAGAAGGGGAGGACGAGGUACAAGGACCUCAAGGGAGAGGACACGGGUCGAUUCGGUGACGAAGUGAAAAGGUGGAAGGGUGGUGGUGGUGGAGGAGGAGGAGGAGGAGGAGGGGGAGGAGGAGGAGGAGGAGGACCGAGAGGGGACAACGGAGAUUUCGACACCAGGGGUUUGGACGAACGGUUUUUGCCCGACGGUCAGAGAGGUGCAGGAUGGGAAAGAGGUCGAUCGGGCCCGACGGGUGCCAACGCAAGUGCCGUCGGUGAGAGGAGACACGGAGACCGUACGGAAAGGUACAGGAGCAGGAGUAAAAGCACACAGAGACGGAAGAGGUCAUAUUCAAAAUCCCGGUCGAGGUCGAGGUCACGGUCGCCCAGACGAAGAAGAAAGGAUUCCCCUUCCCCUCAUCGAGGUCACGGUAGGGACAGAGAUAGCAGAAGGGGGAGGACGGGGGAGGAAGUGAGGACUCACUGAUUGUUUUCCACGACCGAUGAAACAUGGCGGUGUCGUCGGCCGCGGGCUUGGGUUGAACCCCAAUCAACGAUUAUGAACUUGAAAGGACAUUAUAUGACGUAUACCGAGUAUGUGUGUAUAACAGCUGACUCCCUACUAAUACCAUAA